GAGGUAGGGGCUGUGCGGAAAUAUAACAGAGCGAGGACGACGAGAGGAUACUCAAGUCCUGAUUACAUGCGCGCGCUUCUAGAGACACCAGAGAUGGAAAGGGGGUUUGACGUCCGAGCCAUCCGGCAGUCCGCGCAAAAUACACGUCACGUCAACUCUUUCGAACGCGUCCCCCAUCCUCAUAAUCCUCCAAUAAAGCAAACAACAGUUCCUCGUCGCAUCGCAGUUAAAAGUUAGUAGACAGCAAGAGGCGUGCGACAUCAUAGCUAAGCUGUGCUGAUUUAUUAAUAAUUUUUACAUUCAGAAUGGCCACACAUACCUUGCUCUGGCGCGCACCAGCGACGUUCGGAGUUGAUGGGUUUUUUAAGAGAACCUACGCUCGGCACUGGGGAGAUGUCGUUCUAUUCAUGAAGCGAAGCAGAGACCAGAGUAAUGCUCAAGGAUACCAUGAUCAGUACCAACAUGAUCUAACCCUCAUCAGCCAGGCCACAGAGUGUCCCGAGGUAGUUGCAACGUACGUGCAGGGGCUCAAGGGUGCUAGAAACUUGCGCUGCUUUAAAGAAGGCUACAAAAUGCUCUCCUUGAAAGAGGCCGAGGAUGGUGCUGUCACAUCUCUUCAGGAGGGACAGUAUGCACUGGUCAAGAAAGUUGGUGAAAGAAUCAAAGGCAAUGACAUUACUGGCGCGGAGGUCGAUAUUAAGUCCAUACCCGAGCCUGAGACCCAUCAUGAUGAGGCUGCUGAGUCUGAUUAUGCAAGACGCGUGGCAGAAUGGCAGCUCGAAAGGAGUGCCAUGGACCAGGCUGCUCCAGGGUUUGUUGCAGCAGAUAGUCCAGAGCGCGUUUUCAAGAGAGCACGACAUGUCACCCCGAACUCGGACGACACCAUUCUGCAAGAGAGCAAUGACCCCAUCGAACGCCUCUUGAUUAACCACAAUCAGCCGAUGGGCAAGGUGCUCGGCACAGCCGACUGGCCAUUUAUUGCGACAGAGGACGAUUUGGACAUUGGAACCAAAUUUACUGAGUACUACAGGAGGUGCAGUGAGUCCACAUUCAAGGCCAAGUACCCACACGACGCUCUCGCCCUCAAUGCCACGCUCUUGGUGACGGAGUCGCCUUCGCCACUUCAGGAGCAGUGCUUCGGUUUGGAGUUUUUCAACACUAUGCGGAACAAAAUGAAAUCAAAAGUGCCGGACGUCGAUGUCAAGAAUGAGCGCAUCUUGAUUCGCGAGUGGACAGAUGUAAGUUGCAUUAUAUACCAUUGUCUUAUUCAUAAGAAUAAUAAUGUUAGUGCAAGCGGCAAAUGAAGAACACGUCUUUUUCUAUUUUAUUUUAUUUUAUUUUAUUUUAUUUUAUUUUAUUUUAUUUUAUUUUAUUUUAUUUUAUUUUAUAAUCGCCCUUAGCAUCUCACGGAUCACGACUGGAACCGAGAGAGGACCUUGUCCUGUCUCGAAGACAG